AUGACGACAACAGACGAAUCCUAUCAAGCCCUCGUUUUUGGAGCAUCCGGCAUUUCCGGAUGGGCUAUUACGAGGGCAGCAGUGCGCUCAGAGACGCCGUAUGCAUUCUCCAAGGUCAUUGCUCUUACCAAUCGCCCUUUAUCUUUGAAGAGUUCCGCCUGGCCAGAUAAUCCGAAACUAGAGCUCAAACAUGGCCUUGACUUGGCCAAAGGCCCUGGUCCGGUUCGAAACUACUUGAGUCAAAUAGGCGGCAUCGAAAAGACGACUCAUGUUUACUUUACAGCGUAUAUACAUGGUGCUUUUGGAAACAUUGAUAGCGAUGCCCGUACUCGGGUUAACGUGGACAUUCUCCGCAACGCGGUGCUGGCUUGGUACGGAACCGAGUUCUCACAUAUACUCAAACCAAAAGCGCCUUUCCAAGAAACAGCCCCUCGAAUCCCGAAGCCGUACUCGGAUCACUGCUUCUACUACCCCCAGGUUGACCUUCUAGAAGAGCUCUCAAACGGCAAGGAUUGGAGCUAUGCCAACAUCAUACCCGACUCAAUUAUUGGACUUGUCCCAAACGGAAACCCAAUGACUAUAGCGCACCCCAUAGGGCUUUAUUUGGCGUUGUGGAAAUCGUUCAGACACACGGAGCCUGUUCCAUUUCCAGGGACUCGGACAUCAUAUCACACGCUUCACACUGACACGUCGCAAGACAUACUUGGUGACUUUACUAUUUUCCUAUCUAUGCGAGGCGAAUCCAGCUCUGGAAAAUCCUUCAACAUUGCUGACAACGAUGGUGUGAGCUGGGAAUCUACUUGGGGAGGCAUCUGCAGCUAUUUUGGCUUGAAAGGAGUCGAGCCCAUGGAUAACGCUUCUUCCCUGCAGGGGGAAGCCUGGGUCACGAGUAUCAAAUCGGAGUGGGCAAAAUGGGAAGCAGACCACGGACUCAAAAAGGGGGCCGUCGAAGGAGCCCCGUGGGAGUUCUUCACUAUCAUUGUCGGUUAUUAUUCUGAGAUUAACAGAAACCUAGAUAUUUCUCGGGCACGUGCGUUAGGAUGGGACCGUAGCUACGACGCCGUUCGCAGCUACCAUGUUACUUUUGAACGGCUGCGAAGGAUAAAGUUGCUUCCAUAA